AUGGCCGCCAUCCCUUUCACCCCCGCUCUGCACCUUCCGCUGUCCCUGUCCUCCCGUGCUUCGCUUUUUUGGAAAUCGUCGCCGACCUCUCUGCAAUCACCUGCGGCCGCGCGCACGCCGCUGCGGCAGUCGCGGGCGGCGAACAAGGCGGGUCGACCCCGCGCGGUGAUCACAGCGGGCGGAGAGGGUGGGGAUGGCGGUACGGCCGGGAGGGAGUGGGCAAAUCCAAUUGGGCUGCAUGCGAUGGUGUGGGUGGGCGGGUGGAGCAAGGAAGAGUGCGAACGCGCCAUAAGCCGAUCCGCUGCUAUCGGAUACGACCUCAUUGAAGUGCCGGUGCUGGACCCCGCCACGGUGGACGUGGCUCACACGCGCGCCGUGCUGCGCCACCACGGGCUCGCCGCCUCCACGUCGCUGGGCCUCUCGCUGGACAGAGACAUCUCCAGCGCUGACCCUGAUGUUGCUGCCCGGGGGGAGGAGCUGCUGAUGUCAGCACUGGCAGUGGCGGUGGGCAUAGGCGCGUCGCACCUGACGGGCGUGACCUUCAGCGCCAUCGCCAAGUACCCAACGCCCUUCCCGGGCGGCACAGCCCGCGACAACAUGGUCGGCGCACUCAAGCGCGUGGCGGCACGGGCGGCGGAUAGCGGCGUGACUUUGGGGCUGGAGGUGGUGAACCGAUACGAGAGCAACGUUCUUAACACGGCGGCGCAGGCGGUGCAGCUGGUGGAGGAUGUGGGGCAGGGCAACGUGGUGGUGCACCUGGACUCGUACCACAUGAACAUCGAGGAGAGCAGCCUCGCUGACGCCGUCGCGCUGUGUGGCAGCAGGCUGGGCUACGUGCACAUCGGCGAGUCACACCGCGGCUACCUGGGUUCAGGUACGGUGGACUUCCCGCAGCUGUUCCGAGCCUUGGCGCGUGCACAGUACAGGGGCCCCAUCACCUUUGAGUCCUUCUCGUCCGAGGUGGUCAGCCCCACCCUCUCCAACACCCUCGCUGUCUGGCGCAACCUCUGGGAUGACUCGGACCACCUGGCAGCCCACGCUCAUGCCUUCAUGACCUCGCAGUGGUCCGCUGCCCUCCGCGCCUCACGCCCCCCCACUGUGUGA